AGGUUGCUAUGCUCGUCUUUUACGCGGGGCGGGGCUUGCUACCUAACUACUUCCGGGUUAUUGAGCGACCUUGAGCCCUCAUAAGCGACAUGGCGGUUCUCUUAAAGCUGGGUGUCCUCUGCGGUGGCCAAGGAGGCCGAGCUCUGUUGCUCCGAAGCCGGGUGGUCAGACCUGCUUAUGUCUCAGCAUUUCUCCAGGACCAGCCUACCCCAGGAUGGCAUGGCACACAGCACAUUCACCUAUCACCAAGCCACCACUCUGGUUCCAAGGCUGCAUCUCUCCAUUGGACUAGCGAGAGGGUUGUCAGUGUUUUGCUCUUGGGCCUGCUUCCAGCUGGGUACCUGAAUCCCUGCUCUGUGGUGGACUACUCCCUGGCUGCAGCCCUCACUCUGCACAGUCACUGGGGCCUUGGACAAGUGGUGACUGACUACGUUCAUGGGAAUGCAACACAGAAGGCUGUCAAGGCAGGCCUCUUGGCCGUCUCAGCUCUGACCUUCGCUGGGCUUUGCUAUUUCAACUACCACGAUGUGGGCAUCUGCAAAGCAGUUGCCAUGCUUUGGAAGCUCUGACCUCUGUAGUUCAACACCCUACAUUGUGUGCCUCUUUGCCUCUGCUCUGUCGAUGCCAUUCAACCCCAGUGAGGAGGGCGUGAAGGAGAAGUCCAUGGGUGGGCAGAAUUUCUUUUAAUUUUAUGGUUAGUUUCAGAAUUCAUUUGUUGAGGGAAAGGUUUGAGAGGAGCUAGGCUCAACUAGUCCUGAGUCUGGGUUCCAUAUCCCUGAGUUGGUGGUUGCAGGCGCCAAACUCGCAGUGUGACUGCACAUUUCAUGAGCUCAUGUUGCCUUUAACUGCCAUUGCCUGAGCAGAGCUCUGCUUAUUCUUGCUUGGAUAAGAGAUUUUCUACUUGGACUGGGAGGGAGGACUGUUCAGUCAUGAGUCAUUGGCUUUGCAUGAAAUUGGAAAGUAUUCCAUUUGGAAUCUCCCACUCUGUUGACAUCAGCUGUUGAUGACUCGAAUCUAGGGAACUUCAGAUCAGGGGAUGCUUAUAUCCCCAGUUACUGGUUUUUGUUAAAUCUUAGGAAGGAAAUUGAGGAAAGCUGCAUUUAGAGAGUUCUCCUUUGUAGGUGGGUUAAAACAUGACGGAUUCCAAACAGGCUUACUCUUCAGAUAAGUGUGUUUUCCCACUGUGGGGAUCACUAGUGACAAAUUAUACUCUCGAGAAAGCAAAAUUUUUAAAUAAAAUAUUACAUAACGAA